AUGUCCUCUAUCCCUAUCCAACUACCAGAGGAAUCGCCCGAACCAGAAAGUGAAAGGGGUCGACUGUACUCGGAACAAGCGGCAGAGAUAAGACAGGAACGACAUCGUCAACAAAAUAAACCCCCACAAUAUAAGGUGGGAGACAGAGUGCUGUUAAAGGAAGUUGUCACCCCAAAAGGAUUAAAACAAAAAUUAGCACCUCGAUGGUCUGGACCUUUCCGGAUUAUAGAAAUACUUAGUCCAGUUAAUUUUAGGAUCGAAAAUAUCAACACGAGGAGGAAAUUAAACGUACAUGCGGAUCGAAUUAAACCCACGACGGCUAGAAAAGAAUAUAACUUAGAACCCGACAUAAUUGUCGAUCAACCCAGUACUCUCGACGCCUCGACAGGAAAUAAUUUGCCACCCGUGACGCACGACCAGCAAGCUUUAUAUACAGAUCCGUGGGAUGAGUUUAUCUUGUCUUCUAUCCCUACCCACCUACCAGAGGAAUCGCCCGAACCAGAAAGUGAAAGUGGAAAGCGACGAACUCGAGCCAGAAACAGAUAUCUCCGAACUCGAACCAGAAGCAGAACAGGAGACUACACCCCUUAUGCCCUACGAAGCCGAGGACCAGUAGACGACCAACCAUGGGUUAUGCCACGACCUAGCCGUAGCCGAAUCCCUCGUUUCAUUUCUCCUGCCACUAGGAAACCGGGAAACCACUACCCCGGAGAUAAACCCUAUUCGAAAUCAGGAUGGUUCUUCCCCAAACUCUCCUGCUUUUCCUAA